AUGCUUUUUUCGAGGAAGAAUAUUAUAACGACAGGCAAGAAACCUCUUUAUGCUGCUUCAAGAGUAAUCAACGCCUCGUGUGGAUCGGCGACGUCGGUGGUAGCAAGAUGUUGGGUUCAUAGCACCAACAAGACCACCGCCCUGCUGCGCAAAGUCAAGAACAGCGGUCUCAAGCGGGCUUAUUCGACGAAGAGCACGGGAGAUGGAACGAAUUUGGGAGCUGGGGCGACGGGGAACUUGCCAUUGUAUCGCAAGGUCAUCAGCGCAUGGACUGAGACCCCGACAAAGUGGUACCCUAUACCGCUGGCGGUUGGAGCUCUGCUUUUGGUGGCGAUCCAGUAUCGUCGCAAGGUGAAGAGGGCUGGAAAGGAGGUCGAGCUCGACGAGGAUGGCAGGGAAAUCAUCAAACUCAAGGGGCCUUGGCACGUCCAUGUCAUGGGUGCUCUCCCGCUCAGGAAUAUGUCGCGACUUUGGGGCUAUGUCAACUCUCUAGAAUUGCCGGUCUGGUUCCGCCCUUACGGAUACAAGUUCUACGCCUACGCCUUCGGAUGCAACCUCGACGAAAUAGAGCCUGCGGAUUUAACGUCAUACCCAAGUCUUGGUGCCUUUUUCUACCGGAAGUUGAAGGAUGGGGCACGGCCAGUCGAUAAAGCAAUUCUUGUCAGCCCGGCGGAUGGCACCAUAUUGCAUUUCGGUACCAUCGACCACGAGUGCAUGCGGGUAGAACAGGUCAAGGGGAUCACAUACCACCUCGACGCCUUGCUGGGUGUAGAGCGUCCGGGGAGCCCUGUGUCUAUGGCUGAGCACAACCGUGACAUGUCCAUCGUUGAUGACCAGGAGUUUGCCAUUGUUAACGGCAUCGAGUAUACCCUUGACCAGCUCAUUGGUGGGAACUCGUCAUCGCCUUCGACACCGCCCAACGGAGCUGUUGAUGAACAUGCCGGCCACAACCACCCUCAUCACCCUGUUCCGACAAAGUUCGGACAGCAGGUCGAUGCUUCGGUGGUAGACCCUGAGCAGAACACGAUGGCCCACGAUGCUGAGGUUGCUCGCGAUAUGGGUGUCAAAUCGGCUCUCCAGCGGAAGAACAGUUUGGGGUCCAGGACUGUCCGCCCCGGCAACUCGCUCUUCUUCUCCGUCAUCUACCUCGCCCCUGGAGAUUACCACCGAUUCCACAGCCCUACCGCCUGGGUCGUUGAGAAGAGGCGUCACUUUGUUGGCGAUUUGUUCUCGGUAUCACCGUGGAUGGCUAAGCGGUUGGAAAACUUGUUCGUUUUGAACGAGCGUGUUGCUCUCCUCGGACGAUGGAAGUAUGGUUUCUUCAGCAUGGUUCCCGUCGGUGCAACCAAUGUUGGUAGUAUCAAGGUCAACUUUGAUCAGGCUCUGCGAACCAACGUCCGAGGCCGCCGACCACCCCCUGGAACCUACAGCGAGGCUGUCUACUCGGCGGCGUCGCCCAUCCUCCGCGGUCAGCCCCUGACCUACGCUGAGGAAAUGGGCGGCUUCUGCCUCGGAAGCACCAUCGUCCUCGUCUUCGAAGCACCCAGCGACUUUGAGUUCACCAUCUCCGCCGGACAGAAGGUCAAGGUUGGCCAGCGCCUAGGUGAUAUCCCCGAGAACCUCAAUGCCUCGGACUAA